AUGACCCACAGAUCGUUUUCUUUGGCCUCUACGGCAUCCCCCGACACGAACCUGCUCUUUCACCGGGAAACGUUGCGGCACGAUUUUUUCGCGCUCCGCCACGGACAAUCGUUGGCGAAUGUGGCGCACUUGAUUGCGUCCAACCCAAACGUGGCUUGCGACCAAUACGGUCUGAGCGCAACUGGACACGAGCAAGCCAAAGCUGCCGGAGUCGACGUAGUGCAGACGUACGAGAAGUGCGGCUAUGGUGGCAUUGCGAUUCUUUCUUCCGAUUUGCUGCGGGCAAGGGAGACCGCAGACGCCGUUCGCGAUGCUGCGGAAAAGGCAGGACUACCCAUUUAUGGCGACUGUGUUGUUUUGGAAACGAGCUUACGGGAACGAGGGUUUGGGAAAUGGGACCUAUCUAGUGAUUCCAACUAUGACACCGUCUGGGAGGCUGACGCAAUGGAUUCGUCGCACGAAGUGGAGGGUGUAGAAUCGGUAGACGCUGUUAUGAAGCGAGCUACAGCGUGUGUUUCAGAUUGGGACGCAACUUUACCAGACAGCACAACAAUGAUGGUUGUUUGUGUAGCCCAUGGCGACGUUUUGCAAAUCUUACAAACCGCCUUUGAAAAGAAGUCAGGAGUGCUGCACCGAAGUGUAGACCAUCUCGAAACGGCCAAGUUGCGUCCACUGAGAAUGACUGUGACGAAACGGUGA